AUGUCUGCCAGCAAAGAUGGCGUCGAGGAAGCAUUCACUCGUCUUGACAAAGAACGACUAUUAGAAAUAACUUAUCUUAAUGGUGGUGGCCGAACAUUCCGUGGAGAUCGUCAAAACUUUCUUUCGUUCUUGAAUGUCCUUAGAAAAGAAGGAGAAUCCGGGUUUUGUGAUGUUGUAUUGGAAGUGGAUGGCCAAUCGUUCCCUGCUCACCGCUGUGUUCUGGCAGCUAAUAGUCAGUUUUUUUAUACUCUCUUUACCAGUGGAAUGAGAGACUCGAACGAGAAACAUAUAAAACUGUGCUCUCUUAGUAGCUCGGCUCUAUCUACAAUUCUUGACUUCUUCUACACACGCGAUAUUGUAGUCAACAAAGACAACGCAGAGGAGUUGCUUGAAGCAGCCAGUUUUCUCCUUCUUAAUCAUGUGAAGAAUGCAUGUGCAACGAUAAUAUCCAGCAAUCUGUCCAUUUCUAACUGCUUUUCUACCAAACGCCUUGCAGACAGAUAUGCCUUAGAUGAGCUGAAAAGAAAAGCCGACUCUUUUAUGAAGGAGAAUUUCCAAGCAGCCAAGCAGCAAAAGGAAUUUUUAGAUUUAGAGCCUUAUGAGGUGAAAGAACUUAUUUCUAGUGAUUCAGUGAGAGUAGAAAAAGAGGAAGAAGUUUUUGAAGCAAUAUUGAACUGGGUUAAACAUGACCCCAGCGACAGAACCAAAGAACUUUCUAUUCUCCUGCCCUGUCUACGGUAUGGUUCUUUAUCACCUAAGUUUCUUGAAGAGCAGUUUGAAAAAGAUCCCAUCUUUGAAGACAAUUCAUUUUGUCAAAACUUUCUGAAACAGCAAAGACGACGACGAAGGUCUGCGAGAUCUAACAAGCAGCCUAUGUCGAAAGAGAGACCCUCAGCUAGGAUCCAUGAUGUUGUUAUUGGUGUUGGAAGGGGGAAUCUACGUACAUCAUUUUGCUAUGACAUUCAAAGUGAGCUGAUCUACAAGUUACCAGACCCACCUUCUCCCUUCUUUCAACUUGGUGCCGCAGCCAUUGGACGAGAGUUGUAUACCAUUUGCCGUGAUAGACAUGAUUGGGAUGACAAUGCAACUAGUCUGAUGAAACACAAAUUAGGAUCAAAUAAUAGAUUUUUUGAUCGUUUCUGGGUUGAAAUCAAUGAAAGUCUCUUAAAACCAAAUGUAUGUUAUGAUAAGGCAAUUGUUUUGCCACUCAAGGAGAAGCUGUAUGUUCUUGGAGGGUGUAUGAGCUUUGAGAAUAGAACAGUAGAUAUGCAAUGCUAUGAUCCAAAUGAAGGAGAGUGGAAAGCAAUGGCCAAGAUGAACACUUCAAGAUGUAUGAUUGGAGCCGUUGCCACGAACAGCUAUAUCUAUGCCAUUGGAGGAAAGAAAAGUCAUGUGACUGUAGGGGAAAAGCUAGUUGAAAGAUAUAACCCUGAAGCAAAUGAGUGGACCUCAAUGGCUGAUAUGUUCUAUAUAAGAGUCAAUCCUCAAGUUGUUGCUACUAGUAAUGGCAUUUUUGCUAUUGGUGGAUUGACUGGAACAGAGCCAGGCUACUGUUGUGAAGUUUACAAGGAAUCUUCUGACAAGUGGACACUCAUUCCAGCACUUCCCAACAGAAUUCCUAAGAUUUCUUUGUCUUUGAAUGAUGAAGUUUAUGUAAUCUCAGGUGGACAGUCUUGGAAGUACUCUAAGAAAAAGGAUCUAUGGAAGAAAUCUCCAAUGUUCAGAUCUCUACUUAAUGGCUUUGAUGAUUUCCACUUUGUUCAACUCAAGCUUCCCAAGUUUUGCUAUGAGCAGUACUAUAGAAUAGCAGCGCAUAGCCUGGUUCGCUAUAACAGGAGUUACUACGACUGUUCUAGUGAUGAUGAUGAUGAGAGUGAUUAUCAAGAUCCAUGGUUUUUCUGGGGAGAUGAUUCUAGUGAAAGUGAGUGGUGAAACCUUCAAAAGCACAGUUCCAUAUUACCAUACUUUAAACCAACACAAUAAGCCGUGAUGUUGUGUUUUAUGUCUUUUGGAAAAUUCAUAGGAAUAUUUUUAUAAACACUAAAAAGUUGUAAGUGUUGUCAUUUGAGUGUGAAAGCCUGAUGUUUUGGCAAGGAAACUAUUAAAUUGUCAAGAGCAACACUUGAUAAAGUUGUGACAUCAAUGAGGUUGGAGCACUUCAACUUUGAAUAAAAGACUAUGGUCACAGCAAAGUGUUUUGACAUUAAAAUUUAAAGCAACAAAAUAAGCUUUUGUUUUUCAAACUCAGGUAAAAAGGAAAGCAUGGAGCACAGCUAUAAAAUGUUACAGUUCUAAGAACAUAAAAGAUUCCAUUUUUCAAAGAAUGUUUUAUGGACACUAAAUUCAAAUGUAUAUUUUUCAUAUUUGAGCAAGAACAUUUUUACUGAUGUUUUGUUAUUCACUACAACAUCAAUAAACUGCUCUAUUUUUGA